GACAGCCUCGGUUCGACUGUCUACUGCGCAUGUCCACUAGUUCGCGCAGCUCUCCACUUCAACUACAACUGCGGCAGCCCUCGAGCGGUAACGCUACGCGAGUGAAACAAUGACAGAGCUGCAGAAACGUCGACGAAGGUUGUCACUUGAAGCUGAAGGAACAUCCCGACGAGCCGACAAUGACAGUUUGGGCGACAGCACAGCGGUGCUUCCCAAACUGAUGGCUGCAGGUUUUUAUGGAGUCAGUUCCUUUCUCAUUGUCGUUGUUAACAAAAGUGUCCUGAGCAGCUACAGAUUUCCCUCAUCAACAUGUGUUGGAAUUGGACAAAUGCUGGCUACAGUGGUGGUUCUAAGGGUUAGCAAAAUGUUGGGUGUCAUUUCCUUUCCAGAUAUGGACUCAAGUAUCCCACGUAAGAUCUUUCCACUGCCUCUACUCCAUGCUGGGAAUCAGAUAUCCGGACUGUUUGGGACUCAGCGACUUAAUUUGCCGAUGUUUACAGUUCUGCGAAGGUUCAGCAUUCUCCUCACCAUGCUGUGUGAAGGCAUCUUACUCAGGCAAACGUACUCGACGGCAAUCAAAACCGCUGUGUUUACUAUGAUCUUUGGUGCUUCGAUCGCCGCCAGCGCCGACCUAUCGUUUGACCUUGAGGGCUACACUUUCAUAAUGCUGAACAAUGUGCUGACAGCAGCCAGCGGUGCUUACAUGAAGCAGAAACUGGAUGCGAAGGAUCUGGGCAAAUUUGGACUUCUCUACUACAACGCUCUCAUCAUGAUUAUACCCACUGUGGCUUACGCGUACUACACCGGAGACUUAAAAAUGAGUUUGGAGUUUGACGGAUGGUCGGACCGGCUAUUUGUCUGGCAGUUUUUCCUCUCCUCUGUUAUGGGAUUCAUUUUAAUGUACUCAAUCAUGCUGUGCACACAGCACAACUCGGCACUCACCACUUCCAUUGUGGGCUGCAUUAAGAAUAUUGUGGUGACCUACGUUGGAAUUGUCUUGGGCGGAGACUACAUUUUUUCCUGGACUAAUUUUAUUGGUUUGAAUAUAAGCAUUGCAGGGAGCCUCGUGUACUCUUUUAUCACCUUCACAAGAGAGCAAACAAAAAAGGUGUGAAUCACAAGAGGCCUACCUCGAAGAAAGACACCCAUCAUUUUUUUCCCAUCUUUAUUACCAAGUGCCUUCAACUUAUGAUCAUAUUUUUUAAUGACUUCCUGCAUUCCGGAUGGGUUAUACUAACUCGGCGUUAUGCUUUACUUUUAUGUUGAAGCAGGUCCUAGCAUUGUCAAUUAUAACGAAUUGUUUUAUAUGUAUGAUGCAGUCGUUUUUUAUUCGGGCUCAUUUACGGGGGUGGAGCAAAAUUUUGAAAAUGUGACAAGCUGGGGCAACGAAAUGGCCAAACCUAAACAGAGCAAAUUAAUAUGGAGGCAACUUCAUCAAAAUGGUGGGGCGGUUGGAAGAUGUCCCUGGCUCAAAUCAAAAUGGUGUCGCGUAGCCACAACAAUGAAGACUUUCUAAAGUGAUGCUUAAACCCAGCAACUUAAAAAAAAUUGCUUUGAAAUGGAAUAAAACUCAAACGAGAAAAAAA